AUGGCGAGCUUCCAACACCCUUUCCAGUGUCUGGAGUAUGUCAAUCGACAGGCAAACGGCCAACAGGACGUGCUGGUUGCCUCAGCAGGCCGGAAACUCUACACCUAUUCCGCAGCCACUGGGCAGCGCCUGGAUGUAUGGCCCCAGGACGUAGACAGCUCGGAAUCUGCUGCUACAGCUUCUACAGAGGGACAGACAAUCCCGGAAGAAAGCAAAAAUGCCACCGAAGAACAAUCUGAGCAGAAGAAGGCGCCAAAGAAGAGCGCCAAAACCAAGGCUCCGGUUUGGACCAAUAUUCCCCUCAUGGUUGUCUCUCGCGACAGCAAACAUGUAGCAGUCGUCACCAGCGAGGACAAGUGUAUUCGUGUUUUCAGCUUGGGUGAAGAGGGCAAGCUGCAGCAGCUCAGUUCUCGAACAAUGCCAAAGCGUCCAAGUUCAUUGACACUGACACCUGAUGGUCAAACUCUCCUGUGCGGUGACAAGUUUGGAGACGCUUAUUCUUUGCCAUUGAUUCCUGAGGGGUACGUGAAGCGUGCUGAGCCAAAGCCACGCAAUGUUGGAAUUCCUGCGGCGACACCACUCACGGUACACACAAAGCGCAAUCUGGAGACCUUGGAACAGCAAAAGCGAACAGCCCCCAAUAAGCCCGCCCCGGAAGAGAAAGAAGCUCUAAACUUCGAGCAUCAGGCUAUCCUCGGCCAUGUGUCGGUCCUUCUGGAUUUGAUCUCCGCAUCUGUGCCUGGAGAUUCGCCUGACAGCCCCACACGAAACUAUGUCCUCACUGCAGACCGCGAUGAGCAUAUUCGUGUCUCUCGCGGAGUUCCUCAAGUGCACGUCAUUGAGCAGUACUGCCUGGGGCACACCUCUUUUGUCAGCAAACUCUGCAUUCCAUCAUGGGCCCCCAAGGUACUUGUUUCUGGUGGUGGCGAUGGCUACCUGAUUGUCUGGAACUGGAGGGCGGGACAGAUCAUCCAGAAGAUUUCACUUAAUAAGGCUGUGCAAGCCCAGGACGUCAUUGUUCGCGGUAUCUGGGAGGUUUCUCUCCAACAAACCGCUGGUCCCGUGAACGCCAUUCUGGUUGCGUUGGAAGGGUGCCCAGAGCUUCUGUCCUUCACUAUUGAGGGUGACAAUACCCUCAAGCCCCAGGGUACCAUCCAGCUCUCCGGAAAUGUUCUCGACGUGACUGGUAUUACCUCAAAGGGAACCAUUUCCGUCUCUGUGGACACGGUCCGGGAAGCUAGCUCGACAGAGAUGUGGAAAUCGAGCCCUAGCGCAUCUCAGACUUUGAUUGAAUCCUUCCAAGUCAGUUCCUCCCCUGGAACUCUCACCUGGAGCCCGGCAGAUGAUUCAAUGACGACUGAAAUCAACGCUGCGGGGACUACUGAUCUUCCAGCGAGUCUCGACGGGAAGGACAAGAAGACAUUCGAUGAUUGCUUAUACACACUGGGAAAUCUUCGAAAGAUGAAGUUUGAUGAUUGA